GCGUUUCGCACUUAUGCUCGUCUUCAUGCCCCAGUGAAUCAUUCCAACCCUAAAUUACACUGGCAUCGCGUGCGACGGACGACCCAUAGACGGCGACGGCGACGGCGACAGUGACGGCGAGGGAUGGUGGAGGGGCACAGGUUUUGGAGCCACCUUCCGCUGCUGGUGCAAUCCAGCUCCAAGGAGUCGGUGGAAUACAUACUGCAGGCUCUCUGGCGGACCCGGAAAACCGGCCUCGACGCCGCCGACCGCUCCAUCAUCCGAGAAAUGCUCAACCUCUCCUCCGAAUCCGACCUCGAUCCUCUUUUGGUAUGCCUCCGCAUGUUGAUUCGGAAGAGUGUUUAUGAGAAUAUUUCAAAGGAGGAGAUUCAGAAAUUGUUUCCACUAGAAGUUCUCCCAGAAUUGCAAAGGCUGCUGACGCUGCUUCUACAGAAGUUUCAACGAGAAUGGCGAGAAGACGUACUCAAAGAUCAGGCUUCUGUGCCUCGUUUAAAGGCAAUGACAUGGAAUAAAGUAAAUCAAAGUCAAGAUUCAGCAGAUAACGUGGCUGUUAUUAAUCUGAAGCUUCAAGAUGACCAAUCUAUUUCAGGCGAAAGAGAGGUAAAGUUCCAAUUAGCUAAGGACACUUUGGAAACGAUGUUGAAGUCCAUGUACUUCAUAAGAGAUCAAAUGUCUGACAGCGAUACUACCCAUAAUGGACAUGGGCAAAGGGAAGAUAAGGAAGCGGACAGCGCAUAAGAAUGUUUUCUCGGAAUAAACCAUUACUAGGCAAUGCUCAAGACUCGAUGUUUGUUUAUUUGUAUGAUAUGAUAAUAUUAUCUUACCUAAUUAAGUGGUAUUAAGACUCGAUGUUUGUUUAUUUGUAUGAUAUGAUAAUAUUAUCUUACCUAAUUAAGUGGUAUUAUUCAAAGUUGACUAAAUUGUACUAGUGAAUCAAUCUGGCAUAAAGGUUUCUGAAUGCUCAGUAGCAGACUAGCAUUGAUUGGGCGUGCUUACAUUGGUGGUAAUAACCAGGUUCUUAGCAAUAGGGGCGUAAAGAUCUUAAUCGUGGUGAACUAAUGUAUUGUGAUCCAACAAAUAUGUGGUACUUUAGGUAAUAAAAGAAUCCAAGCUGGAAACUGCUAACGUGUCAUUUAUUAAUUCCUCACUCUAUUAAAUCAUAUUGGCAUCUGCUGCGCAUAGAAUUACACCUAAACAUUAUUGUGUGCAUAGAAUUAGACUUACAAAAUAUGUUCUUGGGGCUACAACAAGGUGACGACAAGGUAUACAAUCAGAAACUUAAUGUGCUUUGUGAUGAUAACAGAAUGCUUGCGUGCAUAUUGCACUACCAAAUCUGCUGUACAUCUCAAAGAAUAGAAGGAAAUUCAGCAAGAAGGAGAAAAACAACAAACAAAAGAAUGACAUAGUACUACUUAUGUAGACAUUAAAUUUCUUGAUGGUGGCUGAUUAUAUGUGCUACUUGCACUUCCAUUUUGCUCUGCCACGCACAACCUCUGCUUUAUCCUCUUGCAGGCAAAGCAAGUGUGUGCUUCGCAGCUGGAUGCUGUGCAAACUUGUAUUCACAUUCACAGGGUCUUCCUCGGCUGCAGUAAGGUAUGUGAGGGACUCAAGAAGAUUCGACUGCCUGCAUUCUCUGCGGUACUCAAGAGUCAUGCUGGUGAGAUGAUAGUUUUCCAGUACAUUUACGGGAACGCUCUGCAAUAGGUAGGAAGCAGUUGUAUUCAAAUUAGUCAGUCAUCAAUUGUUUUCUAAAUCUCUUUCAUUAAUUGGAGAAGUAGUUAAAUUUUCUUGAUGUAGCUUGAAGCUGUAGUUAAAAUUUUUUUCCAUGUAGUUUAAUGAGACCUAACAUUAUGUUAAUUGGUUCCCUUUUGCAUGAAAAUUGAUAAGAACUAGAUUCUGUUUAAAAAGAAAUGGCAAUUUACUAAUGAAUACUUUCAAAGGCUGAUUCAAUUUGUUUAUGUCUUGAUACAUGAGUGGAUCAAGAAUAUAGUUUAUAACUACUGGAAAAUUGAAUUUUAAACAAUACAUAGAAUGCUGAAGUUGAUUACCUCCAUAAUCCAUCCAAUGUAUUUUACAUUGUUUACAUGUUGAUUGACGUCCAUGUCACUCCACCUUGGCUAAAUGACAUAAUUAAAACAUGUUUAGUAAUUUAUGGAUUUAUAGCUUCUGAAUUCAUAUUGAAAUCCAGUUUUGAAUUGACUGAUUAUAGUUAGCACUGAACAAGAAAUUUACACUUACUGCUAAACCAGAUUUGAUGUUCACUGCAGUUUCUUCAGUCAAUUUCUCGAUUUUUUCAUUGUCACAGCUGCCAUCAAAAAAUACUCUCCUGUCCAGAUAGAAGGGUUUUACCUCUUCCCUUACCUGUUCAGGGAUGAAGGGUGGCAAGGUGGCGGAUAGAUACAGAGGUAGAAGGCAAGUACCUGCAGGAGAUUCAUGAGGGUCUCCAUGGUUGCUGUUUCAUCAGGUCCAAUCUCAUGAGAUCUGAUCACAAAGGUCUGCCUGUAAACGUAUCUCUCCUCCACAAACCUCCCAAGCCUGUAAGUGUGCAUUACUCCACCAUCAUCAUCCUGGAGCACUGCAGUUCCAUUCCCCAUGGUCAAAGAAGCCUCAAUACCAUGCACCACUUCAUUCAUCUUGCUUCCAUGGACUCUAUCCGCACUCACUUUGCAAUUGUCGCCACCAGUCUUCACACAAAACUGCCGUAGCUUUCCCUUCCUGGCACAGCAAAUGUCACUUGCCACAGUUGGAAGAUGUAAUCUGGUGCUGCAGCUGGAAGCCAUGGACUUUGCAACCGCCUUACUGCCAAAUUCCAUGGCUGAGAUAGCCAUGAAAAGAGAUUUAUUGGAAAUUCUUCAAAAGGGUUGGUUGAUUUCAGAAAGCGGGAUGGCAAUUGAUCAAGUGUUUCUGAGACCUUAUGAAUGGAAAGAACACCAAAUGCGGUGUGAGAGGCUUGCAAGAAAAAAAUGCAGCUUGUGUGAUGAAGUGCAGCUCAACCACUUAUAUGGAUGGAGGAGAAGAAGAUGAGUGUUUGCUUGCCUGGAAACAACGUUUUUGAAAACCUCGCUGUCGUGUUCAACCAGAUAAACUCGAACUGAGGCAGAUUCACCCGUUCCCAGGGAGGUUGAAAACAAGGUGUGCGCUAGAUUGUAAGCAGCUCACCAACCCUCUCCUGCCGUGUGCUCCGGCAAAAUUUCCAGACUAGUUGUACCAAACACUUGGCCUGAAUAAUUCAAAACUUGGACGCAAGCUUUGGAUUCUGUUUGCUUGUUGCUGCUGCUGCACUUGCUUCAAUGAGUCCUGCAUUCCUUCAGCAUUCAUGAGAAAUAACUUGUGCAAAGAUUAUUAGUGAGUGUUUCCCGAGGUUGUUUGGGGUAGGGCUUAAUGCAAAGGACUGUAUGGUUCACGGUUCGA